CAGCUAUAAGAGCCCCUGGCCCAUGCUGACACCCAGCUGUUGUGGUGUCAUGGCCAAGUCAUACCUGCUGCCCUGGCUGCUACUGCUGCCCACGCUAUAUGGCCCUGCUGCUGCUGUCUGGACCGCCUCAUCCCUGGCCUGUACCCAGGGACCCAAGUUCUGGUGCCAAAGCCUGGAGCAAGCAUUGCAGUGCAGAGCCCUAGGAUAUUGCCUACAGGAAGUCUGGGGACACGUGGGAGCCGAUGACCUGUGCCAGGAGUGCGAGGACAUCGUCCGCAUCCUCACAAAGAUGGCCAAGGAGGCCAUUUUCCAGAAAACCAUUUGGAAGUUCCUGGAGCGCGAAUGCGACGUCCUGCCCUUGAAGCUGCUUGUGCCCCGGUGCCACCACGUGCUUGAAAACUACUUCCCCCUGGUCAUCGACUACUUCCAGAGCCACAUCACCCCAAAGGACAUCUGCCAGAAUCUGGGCCUAUGCCAACCUGGGCAGCUGGAGCCAGAGCCAGAGCCAGAGACGGGGAGGCCAGACCCUCUGCCUGAUGUGCUAUUGGAGCCUCUGUCAGACAAGCCAGUGCCCCCCAGGCUUCCGAGGGCCCUCUCAGUGUGGCCUGGGCCUCAUACCCAGGAGCUCUCAGAGCAGCAGUUCCCCAUCCCACUGCCCUUCUGCUGGCUCUGCCGCACUCUGCUCAAGCGGGUCCAGGCCAUGAUUCCCAAGGGUGUGCUGGCCGUGGCUGUAGCCCAGGUGUGCCACGUGGUACCCCUGGUGGCGGGUGGCAUCUGCCAGUGCCUGGCGGAGCGCUAUACAGUCCUCCUGCUGGAUGCCUUGAUGAGCCGUAUGCUGCCCCAGCUGGUGUGUGGCCUCAUCCUCCGGUGCUCUAUGGAGAACAGUGCCAACCCCGUCCUCCCUGCCCUGCCUCUAUCAGAAGAAUGGCUGUCGCAGGACUCCGAGUGCCACCUUUGCGUGUCUGUGACCACCCAGGCCUGGAAUAGCAGCGAGCAGGCCAGGCCACACAUCAUGCACCAGGCCUGCCUCAGCUCCCCGCUGGAUACACAGAAGUGCACACAAUUUGUGGAGAAGUACACACCCCAGCUGCUAGCUGUGGAGUCCAGGGGCACCGAUGCCCGAGCCACUUGCCAGGCCCUGGGGCUGUGUGAGGCCAACAACCUUCUCCAGUGUUUCCAGAUCCCCCAGUUCUGAUGAGAGCCCAGCCUCCAGUGGUAACUACUUCUGCUACGAUUUACCUGCUCAAAGCUCAGCUGGGACAAUGCAAGCCAAGGAUCAGUUUCUAUGUGACACAGUGCCCGUACCACACUAAUAAAAUCCUGCUCACGCCUACAAAAAAAGAAGACAGUGUCUUCCAAGGUGUGGCAGGAGCCACAGCCUCACACUGAAACCAGCAGGGCUGGGAUCCACCUCACCCCAUCACUUGGCAGAGCAGUCCUCUCCUCAUCCCCUUCCCUCCCAAGCGUCCGGGCCAGGCCUCCACUGUCUUUCCCUCUCCCAGAGACAGCAAGGGUAGUGUGAGGACACCAAAACAGUGAGAAACAGGGCACAUCUGGGGGCUGCUAAUCCUGCCAUGUCAGCGUCCUUGGUUUAAGAAUCUCCCAGCAGAUUAGCAAAGGCCCCCUCCCCAGUAUGUCUUAGGCGCUCCAUCUGGUCCCUACACCUACUGUGCCUCUGCUCUGCUCCCCCACCACCAUGAACUAAGCAACUGUGCUCCCUCAAGCCCUUCCAUCAUGCUGUGAGCCAAAUUAAACUUCUUUAACUGUGGGUGUUAAGUAUUUGCAUCGCAAGAAUGGGACAGCUAUUAGCACUAAAAACCUAAAUUUAUGGAUAA